AGCAGUCCCAGUAUGGGCCUGUAAAUCUAGCAGCCAACUUCUUUAGCAAUAAGUAGGGUUUUUGCAGUAGGGGGUGCUUGCAACUGCAAGGGACAUUACUGUACCGUACUGACUCCGUUGUCGAUAACCGCCAUUGGAGGAUCCCCUCUCUCGGAGUCCAAAUCAAUUGCCGAGCGGAAUCGCAAACAACGAUGGCCACUCUUUCAGAUAUCGGGAGGAAUCGCCAGCCGCGUCAGGCCUUGAUUGUUGAUAUACUUGGGCAUUAUCUGGAAUUGCUGAAACACCUCCAAACACAAUAUUUUAACAAACGGCGACAAUGGCUGGCCUUCCGCGGGCAUUGCGGCAAACGGCGCCAGCACUUCUAGUUGCUCGCCAAUGGGCUGUAUCAACUUCUACCGCCACCAGACCUUCGUUAAAACUUUCACUGGGAGUUAGGAUCAAAACAGGAAACGGCGUCCGGACUCUCUCGUACUCGAAGCAUUGGCGCUCCCAAUCCCUCCCAGUAGUCACCCGGGGCGAAUCCAAGCUAUAUGCCAGCGCCGACGAUGCUGUGGCGGAUAUCAAGAGCGGAUCUGUUAUUUUGAGUUCUGGCUUUGGAUUGUGUGGUGUGGCAGAAACCCUCAUCGAGGCAAUUCGACAAAGAGGCCCAGAAUCUCUCCACUCCCUAACGGCGGUAUCCAACAAUGCGGGCGCCGAAGGCCGCGGGGGCCUGGCUCUCCUUAUCGAGUCUGGCCAGAUCGAUCGGAUGAUCAUGUCCCAUCUAGGAUCUAACAAGAUUCUCGAAAAGAAGUACCUCACUGGCAAAAUCGCUGUCGAGCUAUGCCCCCAGGGGACAAUAGCCGAGAGGAUACGAGCUGCUGGCAGUGGCAUUCCGGCCUUUUUUACGCCUACUGGCGGGCAUACCUUUAUCCAACAAGGCGAGAUUCCCGUUCGCCACGAUGCCGACGGAAACGUGGUCGAAUACGGCAAGCCCAGGGAAACAAGGAUCUUCAACGGUCGACCGUUCCUAAUGGAAACCGCUCUACCGGGCGACGUAGCUAUCCUGCGCGCAUGGAAGGUUGACAAAGCCGGAAACUGCGUCUUCCGUUACACAGCCAAGGGCUUUGCGCCCUUGAUGGCCAAGGCCGCAAAGGUGGCCAUCGUCGAGGCGGAGAACAUUGUAGAGGUUGGCGAGAUCGACCCCAACGACGUGGACCUUGCUGGCAUUUUCAUCGACCGCAUCGUGCCGGCCACGAAACCAUCCCAGGUUGAGGUUCUCAAGACCCGGUCGCCAGAAAGUGGUGAUGGAAAGCAGGCAAAGGCGGCCAAGUCGGGGGGCUCGGAUGCGCUGGAACGGAGGAACAGGAUUGCUAGACGUGCGGCGAAGGAGCUGAAGCAUGGAUCCUAUGUCAACCUUGGUGUCGGUAUCCCAACAUUGGCUCCGGAGUUCUUGCCUCCUGGACACCAGGUUUGGAUCCAGUCUGAGAAUGGUAUUCUGGGAAUGGGUCCGUACCCCUUGCCCGACCAAGUUGAUCCCGAUAUCGUCAACGCCGGCAAAGAAAGCGUCACCCUCGUCCCCGGCGCCGCCACCUUCGACAGCUCCGAAUCCUUCUCCAUGAUCCGCGGCGGCCACGUCGACGUCUCCAUCCUCGGAGCCCUGCAGGUCAGCGCGGCUGGCGACCUUGCAAACUACAUGAUCCCCGGAAAGAUGUUCAAGGGAAUGGGCGGUGCCAUGGACCUGGUGUCUAACCCGGACAACACCAAGAUCGUGGUGGCUACCGAGCAUGUUGCCAAGGACGGGUCGUCCAAGGUGGUGCAGAGCUGUAGUUUGCCGCUGACGGGCGCGAGGGUUGUCAGCACCAUCAUCACCGAUCUGUGCGUCUUCGAGGUUGAUCGCAAGAAGGGGAUGCUCACCUUGACGGAAAUUGCGCCCGGGGUGGAUGUUGAGGAAGUGAAGAGCAAGACGGAUGCGGUCUUUUCGGUGGCGGAUAACCUGAAGACGAUGGAAUAGUGCACUCGAAACAGUCUAUGCAUAGAUUUAGGCAUCAAGUUGAUCUAGCCAAAAAUAUCAUCUCUAUCACGGGGAUUGUAGUAUAGUGGUCAGUACUUCUCGUUGUGGUUUCUCACAGCGAUCCGAGAGGACCCAGGUUCGAUUCCUGGCAAUCCCACAUUUUUG